UGCAUUUUGCACAGGAUUUUAAAAGGUUCUCUUACAAGCACUAUUUUUAACAGCCAAAUCCGCCCCCCCAAAUGAAAAAACCCUAGGUAUUUUUCUGUGAUCGACCUCAGUUGUUAUCAAUUGAAGCAUCUCUCACAACAUUUACCUGAAGUCUGGCAUGUUUUAUUUUUUUCUUGUUCAAGCUGAGCUUUUUUUGGUGGUGGUGUGGAUAUUUUCUUUUUUUUUCUGAUUUUUUUUUUAACUGGAAUGAGAAAAUUUAUGAAUUUAAUUGCACUAGAAUACUUGGAAACAGUGAGGCUGCAAGCUUGAAAGGCAGAGGGAAGAAAAGAAAGGCUCUCGCAGCAGAGCAUGGAUAGGAAAGGAGCGGUGAUUCUGCGGUGCUCAGCGUGCACAUGUUGUGUGAGAUCAGUGCCGGGCGCUGCAGCUGCGGACAAUAACUGAGCUGUCUGGCUAAUGAAGGCCACCUGGAUCAGGCUUCUGAAAAGAGCCAAAGGAGGACGUCUGAAGAAUUCUGAUAUCUGUGGCUCGGCGGACUCCUACACCAGCCGUCCAUCUGACUCCGAUGUAUCUCUGGAAGAAGACAGGGAAGCAGUGCGGAGAGAGGCAGAGCGACAGGCCCAGGCACAGUUGGAAAAAGCAAAGACAAAACCUGUUGCAUUUGCAGUUCGGACAAAUGUUGGUUAUAGUGCAGCUCAUGAUGAUGAUGUUCCAGUCCCAGGCAUGGCCAUCUCAUUUGAAGCUAAAGAUUUUCUUCACGUUAAAGAAAAAUUUAACAAUGACUGGUGGAUAGGACGGUUGGUAAAAGAAGGCUGUGAAAUAGGAUUCAUACCAAGCCCAGUCAAACUAGAAAACAUGAGGCUGCAGCAUGAACAGAAGGCAAAGCAAGGGAAAUUCUACUCCAGUAAAUCAGGAGGAAACUCUUCAUCCAGUCUGGGUGACAUAGUUCCUAGCUCCAGAAAAUCGACGCCUCCAUCAUCUGCUAUAGACAUAGAUGCCACUGGCUUAGAUGCAGAAGAAAAUGAUAUUCCAGCAAACCAUCGCUCCCCCAAACCCAGUGCAAACAGUGUAACAUCACCCCACUCCAAAGAGAAAAGAAUGCCCUUCUUUAAGAAGACAGAGCACAUCCCUCCCUAUGAUGUAGUGCCUUCUAUGCGACCUGUAGUUUUAGUGGGACCUUCUUUGAAGGGAUAUGAGGUAACAGAUAUGAUGCAAAAAGCAUUAUUUGAUUUUUUAAAACAUAGAUUUGAAGGGCGUAUAUCAAUUACACGAGUCACAGCAGACAUCUCGCUUGCCAAACGCUCAGUAUUAAACAACCCCAGUAAGCAUGCGAUAAUAGAGCGAUCCAACACAAGAUCAAGCUUAGCUGAAGUUCAGAGUGAAAUUGAACGGAUUUUUGAAUUAGCAAGGACACUGCAGUUGGUAGUGCUUGAUGCUGACACCAUAAAUCACCCAGCACAGCUGAGCAAAACCUCUCUGGCACCCAUUAUAGUAUACGUAAAGAUUUCUUCUCCUAAGGUUUUACAGAGGUUAAUAAAAUCUCGAGGGAAAUCUCAGGCCAAACAUCUUAAUGUUCAGAUGGUGGCAGCUGAUAAACUGGCACAGUGUCCUCCUGAAAUGUUCGAUGUAAUUCUUGAUGAGAACCAGCUGGAAGAUGCUUGUGAGCACCUUGCUGACUAUCUGGAAGCCUACUGGAAGGCCACACAUCCACCUAGCAGCAAUCCUCCUAACCAGCUUCUUACUCGGACACUUGCAACAGCCACUCUUCCUAUAAGCCCAGGUCCAAAUAUUAACUUACAGCAGGGAUCUCAAGGAGACCAGAGGAAUGACCACUCAGUCCCUGAACACAGCAAUUCACAAAUUGAAGAGGAAGCACGGGUUGAACCCAUCAAGAAAUCCCACCAUCGCUCUUCAACCCAACACCAUAACCAUCGCAGUGGUGUUAGAGGCCUUCCUAGGCAAGAAACUUUUGACUCAGAAACACAAGACAGCAGAGAUUCAGCUUACGUAGAGCCAAAGGAGGACUACUCACAUGAGCAUGGUGACCACUAUGAUUCUCACAGGGAUCACAAUCAUAGAGACGAGUCCCAUGGUGAUCACAGACAUAGAGAAUCGAGGCAUCGCUCAAAGGAGAGGGACCGGGAGCAGGACCACAAUGAAUGCAACAAACAACGAAGUCGUCAUAAAUCGAGGGACCAAUAUUGUGACAAGGAUGGGGAAGUGAUAUCUAAAAAACGUAACGACACGGGAGAAUGGAACAGGGAUGUUUACAUCCGUCAGUAACUUUUGCCUCUGGCACUCUUGUGUUUCUUGGAAGUCUUGUAACAAUGCCCCUUGAAAAUAUCUUUGGGUUGUUCACUGCAGAACAUAUGGUAUCCUUCUGUAUGCUGAUUUGUAUUGCUGUUGCUUACAUAGCAAUAGCAUGAAAUAGAAUAUUCAUAUACUUAUUUUUUUUUGUUAGUGCUAUAUGAAUUAGCGUGGUACAGCUGCAGAGUUCCUGAUAUUGUACCAUGCCAUUUUUCAAGCUUUUUUUUGGUAGCUGCCACUUGAACAAUAUCUGUUGCCAUCAAGGUGUUGUUAGUGUUUGUUUGUUUUUUUUCAAAGGUACAUUUGAUGUUUAAUAACUUCCCAUGUAUUCAGCAAGCCAGAAUCAGCACAUAUAAAAAUCUAAAAAUUUUUGUCUGCUCUGAUUUUUAAUUUGUUAUGCACUUGAUUUGCAUAUUGGUUUAAGAGCCACUAUCUGUUGCUUGUACCUCUGGUGGACUCCAUUUGGGAACGGAAUUCAGUCUUGCCUUACACACAGGGGAUCAUGAGGUCAAAAUCUAUUUUCUAUGUAUUGGUACUGUGUACUGUAUAUACAGUUUAUAAAUGUUAUUUCUGCAGACACCUUCUUACUAUAUAAGUUUGAUCACACUGUUUUAGAGUCCUAAUGCCAAGUCAGCAGAUUUGCUUUUGAAUUACUGGCAACUGGAACUAGCCUCAUUUAGGAAAUCUGUAACAGUGUUCAAUCCAAACAAUUUUUCUUCUGUAGCAGAAAGCUUAUACUAAAUGUAAAUAUGAAGGAGUGCUUGAGAUAGAGGAUCUAAAUAACUCUUACACCUUAUCCUGUCCUUGCAAACCCAAUUUUGCAUUUUGAAUUUACAGUAAAGAUAACUAGCUUACCACUAUAAAUUGUUCUUGUUUACACAGGUUACAAAAUUGCAAUGGACACAACCUAAUUUUUGUUCUAUUGUCAGAAUAAUAGAGCACACAUGACAGAGGUAUGUAUGUGAGUGAGUGGGUAGUGGAUGAGCAGCCGUGUGCAUGGGCACAUUAAGCAGCAAAGUGUGAGAAUCUAUCAAAGAAAACAAAGGUUACUCAAAAGCCCAAUGAGUUUGUUUCUUCAUUCUGUUAUUAAUUUGAAAAUCCAAAUUGCAGUCAGGGAAUAUGAGGGAGUUUACUGACCCUGGUAAUUGAGAAAGCAUAAAUCUGCUGGCUAUUGUUGAGACUUCAAGAGAGUAAAACCAGGCAAAUGUUACUGUGAGUGUUUCACUGGAACUGUAAAAUCUUUGUGUUUUAGAGUAUUUGUUUAGUAAGAAAAGUUUACACAGCUUGUGGAGAAUUAUUUUGUUGGAAAAUAAAUUUUUGUAGCUUCUCCGCUUUUUCUACACUUGCCAAUUCCUCUGCAUUCCCACUUUGCAGACAGCUCACUGCUUUUCCUUCACUUAAAAUGUGCUGACAGUGGGAGAUUAGAAAAAUGUGACAAAAUAUUCUGUUGCAAGCUUGCUAUAGAAAACGCAUUAAAAGCAAAAGGAGUGAAAACAGUUUGUUUUGCAUUGAUCACCUGUGACACUGGUAAGUGAGGGGAAAUUCACAGUUCUUUUUGGCUACAGGUUCCAUACACUUGCCUACUGUAUAGGCUGUUCUGCACCAUAGAGUCUUUGUAGUAAUUGUAUGAAUGGAAUACUUCUUAGAUUUCACUGUAAAUAGCACAUUAUGUAAAAACUAUAGUGGGAUAGUAAUUCAUUUAGCUGGAAUUUCUUUCUAUUUAUUAUUUUAAUUCUGGGAAGUAUCAGCAUUGCCUGAUUUUGACUAUCAUUUUAGUGAAAUGGAGGUGCGUGCUUUCUCCAAUCUAAUCCAACAUCCAAACAGUUCAGUUUGACUCCUUCAGACAUACGUUGCUGUCCCUUAUGCUUAAUAUGCAUUUUUUUACCACUCAAGAAGGUGAAAUUCUGCUGUCAGAUAUCUGGACAUUCCUGCUAGUGCUGCUGACUGUUGCGGUUUUUCAAGGGUAAUACUUAGCUCAGGGCAUGAACUGUGGGGAACACAAGGAAAAGAGUAUUUUUUUAUAAAUAAAAUUCUCAGCAUUUCUUUAAACACCACUAAAUGACUUUGUAGGCAAAGAAAGCAUAGGUAAGUAGACCUCUUGUAUUACUAAAUGGAUAGAUAAGACCAUCUAAAAAGUGGCUUUUGAUACAAGGGGUUUCUCAGGGUAUCAGUGGAGAAAAACAGUGACAGAAAUUGUUGUUUGAGAUUGUUGUUAUCAGAUUACGUUUAAAUGCAAAAAGUUGUAUUGUCUUGUUCUAUAGAGCCUGGCUUUAGGUAUUUUAUCAGCUUCAGUAAAUGCUGUUGCUCCUUGUAACUGUUACAUGACAGCCGUGGCCUCCAAGAAGUAAUGUAAUGAUUCUGCUACAGUACCUUGAAUAGUUAUUUUCUUCUUUGAAUUUGCUAUGGGAGGUGUUAAUUUUCCACCUUUCUUAAGUUAUUUUUAAGAAUUGUUUGGCAGAAUUUCAAAACACUGAGUAGUGUAUGAAAACCAUGGAUUUAGGUACCCACGUACAAACAAAUAAAGGGAAAAAUAAAGCGCACAGUUCAAGCCCCAGUAUUUAAGUAUGAUCUGGAUAUUGAUUGGUAGGAUAUAAAUAUCUUACAAAGAAAGCCAUGUCUCCAUCCAGCUAAAGAGAGUUAGGUUUUGUAUAGUUCAACUAACAGUGUAUAGGCAACGUACUAGCAUAUUUCUUAGGCAGACACUCCGUAGGUUUUAUUUAGUCUUGCUAAGGUAUUUUUUCUUCAGUUAUUAAGAGUGACAAAUCAGUUGUAAUGUGAGCUUGUACUACAGAUUUUGCACAAUACCACCUGCCUGCUGAGCACUACUUUGAAAAGCACUUUAACAGAAUUAUUUCAACUAGAAGCUUUAAAGAUACUCCGACUGGAGGACAUAUCAAAGGUUAUUGUGAUGAAAAUGUAUUUGCAAAGUUUUGCAGAUAGAAAGUUUAGUAUUGGUUGCAUUAGGAUACUAACGAGUUCAUAUUUCUGUGUCUGGUUUCAGGAGCUUUGAAUCUGAGGAAUGCUAGAGGUCCCAGUGAGCUCCAGUCUUCUUGUGUUUGUGUGGUACAAAACAACCUGUAGCAUUUCUGUUCAAAUGGACUGAAAAGAUAAAACUAAUGAAUGAGAAGGAAAGGUAGGAAGAUAAAACAGUUGAGCUGUACAUAGAGAAUCUUAUCAACCCUAGCUCUGUAUUUUUCCAAAGGAUUUCAGUAUAUGGAAGGAAUGGGAACAUUUGCAUGUAUAUGUCUGGUGUUAACAGUUUUUUGUAUAUCUUCUCAAAUGAAUAGAGAGGCUCACAUCUAUCAGUUGUUUGGUGACACAGACACUGCGGAAGAAAGAAUUCUUGAAGAGGGACUGGGAGGAGGUGGGAGUGGCAGUCUCCAGGCCUCUUAAGGGACAGGACAGUAGGGAUGGAUAAGCAGAAGAAUUUAUACACAGAGGUGUUAAGAGUUGGAAGAAACUGUUCUGAAAUAGAUUCAUAAAAUUUAUCUACCACCUAGAAAGAUGAAUUUAUAGAUGCCAAGAAGCCUUGUCUAGAAUACUACUGAAUUCACAUAGUGUUUGGCAUCAGGAAUCUAGAAUUUGAGAAGCCUUUGAGAAGCCUUUGAGAAUUUAUUCUUCUCAAGGUGUAAAAUAUAAAGGGUACCUUCUAAAGACUUGGCCCCAGUUAGUUAAGGCUGGUCUUAAAGCUACAGGAAUUGAUUGGAGGGCUUAUUUUCACAUACGUAGAAUACGUAGAAUGAUGCCUGUAGAAUGAUGCCCUUACUAUAAAUGGAGAGUAAGGAGAGUCAGUCCUCCUCAUCAAACCCUGAAUCAACGUAGAGAACUGUUCUCACUUUUCCCUGCAUGGUUGCUCAUCAAGAUCCUUUGCAUUCUCUAUGUGCAGCUCCUGCUCAGUUCUCAUGCCCCGCCAUACGUAAUCUUUCCUACAAAAUCAUUAGCCAUUGCCAUUUUUAAGCUCCGUUGGGUUGUAAAGUCACGUUGGUGUUCUGUGACAACUGCUUAGGAUGGUCCAUGAUCAUUCCCUUACCUGGAAUGCAGUGACCGGUCUGAUUGCUUUUAAUCAGGGUCUGUCCUGAGAAAAAAGGUUACAGCACCUAAAGUACCUCGUGUAGUAGCUGCUGAAGCCUCCUCCAGAGGUGUUUUUGUUUCUGGAUACAUUUGACCUCUGAUCAAGCUGUUUCCCAAAUGGUCAUUCUGAUAAAUCUCUUUUAUGUUCCUGCAGUUUUGACUUAAAUUCUAUUCCCUCCAUGACAAUAAAGCACCCUGCAAACAACUGUUACACAGUCUAAAGGAAGAACAGAGAAUAUUGUUACAUUCUUUUUCAGAGUGUAACAUAGUAUUUCUGUUGUGCAUUUACUUACAUUUCUUACUUUACUGCAGAUUGUUUACCAAAAUUUUAGUUGUUCAUUCAUCUUUAAAAUACAUGGAUCACGUUUUAUUUCAGAUGUUUUUAAUCAAUUAUCAGUUAAAUUUACUGUUUGGCAAUUUGUCUGUAAUUUAUUUCCCUUUUUUUUUUUUUUUGUGAAACAAGCCGUGACAAAUAUCAUCUCACAGUAAUUUUAUAGACAGUUUCUUUUUAUAGCUUACUACUCUAGAGAUGUGUUCCUAUGCAGCCCCCAAAAGAGAUUUAUAUCAUAUAUAAUAGAAAUCCAGCUGGUUCUUCUAACUUAUCUGUCUCCUCCUUACUUGAUUCUUGCCACUUAUCGUAUCAAAGUGGAUUUGCUCAUAAUUUUUCAGUAGUGAACAAGAAACUGUAAAAAAGAAGGCUAUUUGUAUUUUAAAUUGCCUACUCCAAAUCAUUUCUUGUCAAAUGCCAUGACUGGCCUGUUUCCCCCAGUCUAAAAGUUGGUGGGCUUCUAUCACAAGUCAAAAGAAAGAAGCUGUGGAAUAAUGUCAUACAAUACUAGGCUGCUGUUUUAAUAUUUUUUAUAUUGAUGGAGAUAAAUAUUUAGAUUUGGCACUAUUACUAAUCACUAUUUCUACAAAUAGGGAAAGGUACUUUUCAGAUUCUGGCUUUUUUUUUUUAAUAUAUAUAGACAGGAUCUGAUUGUAUAUUUAAUCUAUAUAUAUAAAAAUAAAUAAAUAUAUAUAUAUAUAUAUAUAUAUACUGUGCUUCAGCACCUGACACUGAAGCAUAAUAAUUUGGUCUGCAAAGCAUUCUUAUUAGGAAAGUAACAUUAUUAUGUGUCAAAAAAACACAUACACCAUACAUCAAAGUUGUGAAAAUGAUUAAGUAUUUAAACUCCUGCAGUUUUAAAGGUCAGAUUGGAAAGAAAAGGAAAAGAAAGAAUGGCAUCCAUGCAACUCAAGACAUCUGACUUAGCCAAGUGAAAGUAAAGAGCUUGGCUCCUUCAAAGGAUGAUUUGAAGUGUCUCAGCUACAUUUCUCUUCUGAACUGCCUGACGGAGAAGUCUCUCUUUCUCUCUCCCUCUUUCUCUCUGCUUUCCUUCCUCUCUCCUUGUCAGUUCCCCCUGACUCCCAGGAAUUACUGAGAGAGAGGAGAUUGCAGGGAAACAGCUGAGGCGUAUCCCUUUAAUUUGUGUCUAUAAAAAUAUGGUAUUUUACAUCUAGCAUGUCUAGAAGUGAUUUUUCAAAAGUAACUUCCCUAGUUAAAAGUUCAGAUAUCAGCAGAGGUUUUUUCAAGUCCAGUCCAGUCCAGUCUGCAACUAUACUGGAAUCAAAUAUAAGACAUUUACAAUUGUGGUUUUGUGGCCCUAAGAAGUUUCUCAUAUAAAAUCAAAUGAGAUCACUCUCCUGAAAAACCUGAUUAUGAUUCAAAACUGAAAAAAUAUGGGAAAUUCUCAGCAAGCUUUUUACUAAAAUCCAACACUACACAGAUCCUGCUAUUGAAACUGGAGGCAAAAGUUCCUCCGUUUAUAUGAAUGUGCGAAUUUCAAAAUACAGUCUAUGUAUGCUGAUUAAUGUUUACAGAAUUUAUAUUUUCUGGAAAAAAAAAAGCUUUUUUUUAUACCAGCACUGAGUUCAAGAUUUCAACAUGUACUUGCAGUAAAAGAUUAACACCUUUUGUUAGCAAGUAGUUAUUUUGCCACGUUUAGACUAAAAAUACUGUAAUUUAUAAUAUGAGUAAUUCUGAUUCUAGAUAGGUUUUCUCAGCUAACACUGAUCAAACAAGAGAGCUUUCAGCUUUCAUGUCUUCUUUUGGCAUGUCAUGGUUAACAGCAAGGUGUGACUUACAAAAAGAAGACAAUUCUCUCCUCCUAUCCUGCUAGGAUAGGCCUUACAGAAUACGUGCUGAUCAACCUUAGCAGAACAGAAGAAAAUUUAUUUAAGAGUAGAAAAUGUAUUAUAGCAAAACACUUAUAACAAAUAUAAGUGAAGAACCAGACUACUGAGUUAUAUAGAUUAUUUUGAUUAUGAGCACUUCUGACAGUACAAAGGUAAAUUAUAAGGGUCUGCCUUUUAGAAACCAAAUAAUUAGGAGUGCAAAAUAAGAUAUUUUUUACAGAGAAUGCUUUUUAAAAAGUGUAAAAUUAAUCAGUGGGAAAAAUAAAGAACCAACAACAAAACACAGAUGUCAGUUCAGGUUUUUGAAGUGUGCUUGUCUUUUGCCUGCAUUUUUGUGCUAUUUCUAACAGUACUGCAAAAAGAGAACGUUAUUCAGACAGAGAACAUCUCUGUAACUGAAGCACAGUUUGCAAAUGUAGACAACGUUUGAGAAAUUUAAAUUAUUGAAUCUUUGACAGUGUAUGGAGUCAGUUCUCAUCAGCAUGCUCCCCCAGUUUCAACCUUCAUUUGAUUUGAUGCUUUCUAACCAGUUAAUAUUCUUAGUUGUUUGAAAGGUGAUUUGCAACAUUUCAGAUGAUAUGAACGCACUGUUUUCUGUCUUUUGAUAUUUUCACCACAACUGUAGCCCUUUCGAUUGCAAAUGUUUGAUUUUAAAUUUGUCAUUGGUCAGCCACUCCAAACGGCUGUUUCAGAACCAAUACAGUUUAUGCAUGGGAAGUUUGAUGUUGAAAUAAUAUUUAUUUACAUUCCCAGAGUGAGAUGGUUUAAUAUAUUCAUGCUGCUAUAAGAGACCUGCUACAAAGCCUAAUCGUAUUUUGUGUAUAUACUAUGUGUACAGAGAAUCUUGCUUGUAUUAAAAUAAAAGAGAAAUGAGGUUCUAAGUA